AUGUCUGCUUUUUCAGAGUACCGGGACGUAAUUAAGGAGGGAGAGUUGGUAUUGGUGUGGAUUUCAAGAGAUAACAUCAAACCGAUCAAAGUAGAUUCUAAUGAGACUUUCAAUACGCGGUAUGGAUCCUUCCCACACAAGCUGAUGAUCGGGAAACCGUAUGGAUCACAGAUUGCCAUCCGAACAAAGGGGUCUAAUAAGUUUGCGUUUAUUCAUGUUUUGCAACCUACACCAGAGUUGUGGACUUUGUCACUACCGCAUAGAACACAGAUCGUUUAUACGCCGGACUCAUCUUACAUCAUGGAGAGGCUCAAUUGCAGUCCGAGAACUAAGGCUAUCGAGGCAGGGACCGGUUCUGGUUCGUUUUCACAUGCAUUUGCGAGAACCGUGGGACACUUAUACAGUUAUGAGUUUCACAAACCGCGGUACGAGGAAGCAUUGGCAGAGUUUGAAGAACAUGGACUUAUUCAUCACGAUAAAAAUGUGACUAUAACGCACAGGGAUGUUUGCGCAAAUGGGUUUAGUAUCAGAUCUUCGGAUGUUACGUCCCAUAAGUUUAAUGAGGGCGAGGGUUCUGUGACUAUCGGUGCAAAUGCGGUCUUUCUUGAUCUACCGGCACCCUGGGACGCAAUCCCACAUUUAGACAGCGUGAUAAGCAAGAACGAGAAAGUCGGAUUGUGCUGUUUCUCUCCCUGUAUCGAACAAGUCGAUAGAACCAUUGAAGCGCUGAAUAAGCACGGUUGGGACGAUUUGCAGAUGGUUGAAAUACAGGGAAGACAAUACGAGAGCCGUAGGCAGAUGGUAAGAACAAUGGAUGAUGCUAUCGAAAGACUUCGGGAUGUCAAGAGACGUAAGAAUGAGGGACUCGAAAGACGCAAGCGGAUGUGCGAUAAUAUCUUGAACGAUCAACCACAGGAAGAGAUCAAUGAUGAAAAGAGACCCACCACAGAAAAGACGAAAUUCAAUCCAUUUGGUAAAGGUUCACGGAUCAAAGAGGGUGAUACGGCUUAUAAGUGGAAGCAGGUGACUAAGAUCGAGCCAGAAAUUAAGUCUCAUACUUCAUACCUGACGUUUGCCUUCAAAGUGGUCAAUAAGACUAGAGAUGAGGAUCAGGUUAAGAGUGAACUUGACUCAUUGUAA